AUUAUUAUUAUCCCGGAUUUCCGUACACUUCCGUAAAUUUCCGUAGCCAGAGGGAGAGAAUUGAUAGAAAAAAAAAAAAAGAAAACAUCCAAUUAUUUAUCAUCACCAUAUGUUUUCUAAAAUAUUUUUAAUCAAAAAGUGAGGUCAACAACAUCAUCAUCAAGUCUAUCCAUUGGUUCCAUAGCAUCAAAUAAUAAUUAUUAUUAAUUAUUAAUUAUAAAUAUAUGUCAGGUGUUAACAUAACCUAACUAUUUGAUAUUUUAUUUAUUUUUCUCUCUCUGCGUCAAAAUAUUCAAGGUCAAUAAAUAUUUGCUACAAUAGUCUAGUGUAUUUGUACAUAUAUAAAAAUACAUCAGUGAAAUUUUGUCGUCGUUGAUAGUUUGAGUGUUAAUUUAUAUCAUUGACCGUUUUUUUAUAUUUAAUUUUGUAUUUGUGUGUUUCAACAAACUUGAUAAUUUAUAUACAACAAUGGCGGCUUUUUAUAGUAUUAAUAUUAAACUUGAUGAUGAAUUAUUUAUCAAAUAUUAUUGUUAAUUAAAUUGCUAGCAACCAUUGAUUUAUUUAUUUGGUUUUAUCAAUAAACUACAUGGUAACGAAUAAAUUUAAAUAAUAAACCAAAUAUCAAGAAAUAAUUUACAAUUGCUCCAAAAAAAAAAAAAUCAUAAAUAAAAGUAAAUAAUCAUGAAUAUCAGAUCAGAAAAUAUGAAGACAGAUAGAAUUGAUAAAUCAUCAAAUUCAUCAAGAAGAAAUAAAAAGAAACAUGGUGGUAAAAAAUUAAAUCCAGUAAAUAAUAAUUGGUGUGUUAAUAAAGAUGAAAAUGUAAAUGGUCAUUCAAGUAGUGGUAGUAUAGAUUAUGGACAAAUGUUUUGGCAACAGCCAUCUGGUAUACCAGCUCAUAUGCAGCCACAUACUGGUCAACGUUUAUUUACAGCAAUGUCUGAUCCAAGUGUAUGUGGUUAUUCAGCAAUGCCAAUGGCAUACACAAUGGAGCCAAUAUCAAUGCCACCAUUAUAUCCAAUAUAUCGUCCAGUACCACAACAACAACAACAGCAACAAAAACAGCAUCAACAACAUCAUCAACAGCCACAAACAUAUAAUAAAAUAUAUAGAGAUAAAAGUAGAAAAAAUAUAUCACAUAAUAAUCAGUAUAUUAUUGCAAAUCAAACAAUGCCAAAUGGUUAUUCAAGUUUACAAGAUAAUACAUCAAAUUAUUUAACACCAAGAUAUUGUGAAAAUGGUGAUUAUGCAUCAUUACCACCAAAUGCUUAUGACAAUGUUGAUGAUAGUGAUGAAUUAAAUUGUGAACAUAGAAGAUAUUCUGAUCCUGGUCUUGGUCCAGCUGAUAUUAAAUCUUGUGAUAAUAGUGAUGAUUCAGAUACAGGAGAGAGUGAAAGUUCAAUUGUUACUAUUGGAAAAAAUAAUAAACUUGUUUUUUCACUUAUUGAACAGAUGACUAAUUUGAGAGAGGCCAAUAGUAGAAUGUUCAAGGAACUUCAUGAGACUAAAUUAUCAUUGGAUAAUGUUAAAGCUGAAUUAUCAAAAAUUAAAAAUCAAACAUCAUCGGAUUAUCAACCUGGAAUGUUGUCUGAUAUCAUUAGUGAAAUGAGAGAUGCAAGUAGAGCUCUUGAUGAAUCAAUGAUGGCUAAAGUAACAUCAAUUGUUGAGGAUAAAAAUCAACAGACACAAUUAGAGAUGAAAGAUAUUAAGGAACAUCUUGAAAAAUUAACUGCAGAAAAAUAUCAAGAUUCUAAAAAAAUCAUUCAACUUGAAGAAGAAAUUUCACGUUUAAAAAUUAAUUCAAACAAUGAAGAUCGUGUGAUAGCUGCAUUUGAGGAAGAAACACUUGCACUGAGACGUGAACUACAAGAAGCAAUAUCAAGAAAUUAUGCUGAUAAAGAUGGAUUAAUUAAGUGCGUAGAAGAAACGAUUAUAAAUCGUAUAACGCCUGUAUCAUUCAAGUCACCCUGUGUAACAAGCACCCCCGUGCGUACCGAUAAAAAUAUGAUAAUAGAUAAAUCCUUAAUAAAUGAAUUAAAUGAUUCAUCAUCAUCAUCCUCAAUAUCCUCAUCAUCAUCAUUAUCCUCACCACUUCAAAUAUUAUCCUCAUCCAACUCGUCGAGGAUUAAUCAAGAUGAUGUUGAUGUUAAUACCUACAAUGACAAUGUUGUUGAUCAUGAUUGGGAAUGGAAAGAACUUGAUCAUGGUUCAGCUCAAUCAAAUAUAUCAAGUCAAGAAUUUAAUGAAGAUGAAGAUGACAAUAAAAAUCAUGAAAAUGACGAUAGUUUUGAUAAAGAAUCAAUGCAAUCAAUGGAACCAGAUGAAAAACAAAGACAAGAAAUAGAACGUUUAAUACAAUAUCAUCUUAAACGUGAACAAAUAAUUUCAAAUAAAAAAACAUUAAUUAUUAAUGAUAAUAAUACAAAUAAUAAUAUUAAAAAAAAUACCAAAAAAUCAUGUUUUAGUUUAACAUCAAGUACAGCAUCAAAAACAUCAUCAUCUUCUUCUUCAUCUUCAUCAUCUUCGUCAUCUGGAUUUGAUAAUGAAAAAUUAAAUAAUAAUGAAUUAUUAAAAAUACGAAGAAAAAAUGGUACUGUUGAUGUACCAGAUGUUAUUGUCGUCGCUGGAAAAAAUGUGGUAUCUAAUAGUUUACACUCGACGAGAAUCCUGACAUCCAGAGUCCUCACUGCACCUUCACGUGCCACUUAUACCACUGCUUACAUAUAGGCUACGUACGGGGACACCAGUAUCAAAUGAAAAAUCAAAUAAUAUUAUUUAUAGAAUUUUUUUUUUUUUUUUUUUUUUCAUUAAAUAGUAUAUUAUUUGUUUUAUGCCAUCAUAAAUUUACAACAAUUGGUGCUUCAUUAUUCAGGGGGCACUGGGCAAUUUUAUUAAUAUAUUUUAUAGAAAAAAUAUAUAUAUUAUUUUAUAUAGCACGUAGGUUUUUUUUUCCAUUACAUUAUUGCAUGUAAAUAAUUAAUUUAACAAUGUCAUUUUUUUUUUAUUUAUAAUAAUUUAAAUAUCAUGUUGCUUAUACCACUUCAUUAUUCACUGGAAUCCUUGUAACCCUAGCUUAAAACAAAAACAAAAUGUAGUCACUGUUUGUUCACUGUGUCAUUGGUUUUUAAUAUUUUUUUUUAAUUGAAUUUUUGUUUAUUUGUUUUUGAAAAUUUUGGUAAAGCUCAGGUAAUAAUAAUAAAGCUCAAAUUUAAUAAAAUUAUUAUUAUUUUAUGUCAUAAUGAUAUACUGAAUUAAAAUUAGAAAAAAAAUUAUUUAAUCUACCUCAGCCUUACCUUGAUUAUUUUUAUUUUAUUUUUUGUUCGUUUUGUUGUUGGUAAAAUUAAAAUUGUUUAUUAGUUUUUAAAUUUUCUUUAUUGGAUUUAUUUUAUUUAUCAUUAUUUACAUAUACUUAAAUAAUAAUUGUGUAAAUUUUGAAAAUAAAGAAUUCAUUUUUAUCUAGUCGGCUGCAUGGCUUGGCUCUUUUGAUAAUGCUUAGCCUUGCUUUUGUAAAAUAAAAAAAUAAAAUAUAUAUUAAAAGUUAUUUUAAAAAUUAAUUAUUUCGACCGAUUAGACGUGGAAUGGAAGGAGAAGAAAAGGUGAUUUAUCAAACUGGAGAACAUGGUGGACAUCAUGCAUGAAAAAUAAACAAAAAAAAAAAAAAUGGAAUCACAAAUUAAAUGAGGAUCAACUUGAAAUUCCAAAUCACAAA